UCUCUGAUCUUCUUUCCAGACGAGUAUUCGAAUCCUGACCAUUGCUCUCGAAACAAUAUCCAUUGUCCUCUCUCUUUCGCUUCUUUGCUUUCUCUUGCCCUUGCGCGUUCUUGUGCUCUUCUUCUUAUCCUCUAUAUCCCCCCUCCGCUGUCACAUCCCCGCAGCGAUGUCGGCCUCCGACGCCAGCGCUCUGAAAAAGGCAUACCCUCAUGUUGACGCCGAGGGCCACAAUCUGCCUCCUUCUCCAGCUCCCUCCAGUCCUCAUGGAGGCAGACGCUACAACAUUGCCACAGAACUUGUCUACACAGAGGGCAGCGACCAGUACAAUGCCAGCAGCGUGCCCAUCUACCAGAGCGCAACCUUCAAACAGACGUCCUAUGAGGGAGGGGGAGAGUAUGACUACACCCGGUCGGGCAACCCGACCAGAACACACCUCGAGCGACACUUAGCAAAGAUCAUGUCGGCCCAGCGUGCUCUUGUGGUAUCGUCCGGCAUGGCUGCUCUAGAUGUGAUCACCCGCCUCCUCCGUCCUGGUGACGAGGUAGUAACUGGUGAUGACCUGUACGGCGGAUCGCAUCGUCUUCUCAAAUACUUGUCGACCAACGGCGGUAUCACUGUACACCACGUCGACACCACCAAUCCCGCCAAGGUGGCCGAGGUUCUCAACAGCAAGACGGCCAUGGUGCUUUUGGAAACCCCCACAAACCCUCUUAUCAAGGUUGUCGAUAUUCCUACAAUCGCGGCGGCGACUCACGAAGCCAGCCCCAGUGCUCUGGUCUGUGUGGACAACACCAUGAUGUCCCCAUUGCUCCUCAACCCUCUCGAGCUAGGUGCCGAUAUUGUCUACGAGAGUGGAACGAAAUAUUUAUCUGGCCACCACGAUGUGAUGGCUGGAGUGAUCGCGGUCAACGACCUGGCCUUGGGCGACAGACUCUAUUUCCCUAUCAACGCCUCUGGCUGUGGAUUGUCACCGUUUGACUCCUGGCUGUUGAUGCGUGGUGUGAAGACCCUCAAGGUCCGAAUGGACCAGCAGCAGGCCAACGCCCAGCGUAUCGCAGAGUUCCUGGAGUCUCACGGGUUUCGGGUGCGAUACCCCGGAUUGCGGUCACACCCUCAAUAUGAGCUCCAUCACUCAAUGGCGCGCGGAUCUGGAGCGGUGCUUUCAUUUGAAACCGGCGAUGUGGCCACCAGUGAGCGCAUCGUUGAAAACGCAAAGCUGUGGGCCAUCAGUGUCAGCUUUGGCUGUGUGAACAGUUUAAUCAGUCUGCCUUGCCGGAUGAGUCACGCCAGUAUCGACGCAAAGACGCGAAAGGAGCGAGCCAUGCCGGAGGACUUGAUUCGGUUGUGCGUUGGUAUCGAAGAUGUGGAUGAUCUGAUUGAUGAUUUGAGGAGAGCAGUAAGUUGUUUUUCUUUGCGUUCCUGAGGUCAUUGCAUCUAAUUCGAUUUUGUAGCUGGUACAAGCGGGCGCUGUGAAUGUUACCCUUGAUGGUAUUGAAGCAACCGCACCCCAGACUGCGUCGACAUAGCGAGGUAUUUUUGGUCCAGUUGCCAGCCAGUUAAUAAAUGCUCGAGCCU